GGAAGACUCUCUUCCACGCGCGCCAAUAUUUGACGGCCACCUGGUCGCUCACUACCGUCUAAUCCUGGUGUUCCGACCUUGCACAUACACACCCUCUGUUCAGUCGAAAAUGCCCGCCAUCCCAGCUUGCAGUCUGCGCCGAUUGGGCAAUUUUCCACGAAGAUGGGCGUUCCCAGCACACUUGGUCGCGGGUCGAAGAGUCGGCGGAUACAGAUACAUUUCGCUACAAGCGACGCCAUCGACAGAUACCAGCAGCAUUGAUGUUGGUAGUAGAUCUCUGUCUGCCUCUUCUCCAGACGCCAGCUUCGAGGUCAUUGGCAGUCCCUACUCGUUACUUUCCGUCACACUUUCUCCGUCGCAAGAUCUCUAUACACGUCGAGGAACGUUGGUCGCCUUUGGCGGUGACCCGGACGGCACGGUCUCGUCUCUUCGAAUGUUGAACCCCGUCCGUCGAGCCUUGGUCGGGAUUCCGUUUCUCUACCAGAAAAUCACGAGCACAUCUCCAUCGAACGCCCUCAUAUCGACGCGGUCACCCUUGACCACGUUCACGAUCCUACAGCUGGACGGCACGACGGAUUGGAAACUGGCACAGAGAAAAGCCCUGUUGGCGUGGACGGGAAGUACCUUGUCGGUGAAACCGAGCCUGAAUGCAAAACUGUCUCUGGCGUACUGGGGCAGUUCCGACGUGACCGGGAGAGGUCUGCUCGCUCUCGCAGGCCAGGGACAAGUCUACGCGAUCGAGCUGGCGGAGGGAGAGUCCUAUGUCGUCCACCCUUCGAACGUGCUUGCGUACACCGCCUCGUCCCCGUCCCCUCGACCUCGACCGUACAGGUUCAAGUCCAACAACGUUCGUCUGCAGAUACCACUGCAACUGGGCAACUUCUUCCCGUCUUCAAAGUUUGUGGAAACGUUGAAGACGAGCAGCACAUACAAAUUUCUGGCCAAUGCCUCGCUCAGAAUACGGACGUGGAGCCGCAGGACAUUAUGGGGAGACCGACUGUUUUUGCAAUUUCGCGGACCCACGACACUUCUCAUCCAGAGUCGAGCGCCCAGAGUCAGCGACGUCUUGACCGCGCAGGAAGUCAACGAGAUCGCGGAUGCCCCGGCUGGAAGUGUGGUGGAAGCCAUUGACAAUGCUCAAGGGGCACACAAGGCCAGCAGUGCGGCGGCGGCAUCGACGUCGACAGUACCAAGGUCACAGCCCAAGUUGUCGACCGCCACAGUAGGGAAGGACGGAAAGGUUUCAUUUAGUUGAGCUGUACAAUGGUAUAGCUGUGUCCCGGAAAGCUGGCAAGCAGAACGUAGCACAAAUAAAACCAAAACCCCCUCGUCACAUUACCCCUUUACUGAUUCAUUUGAUUAUCGGGAGGAGUACAUUGAUUGGUAUUGUCAUUUAUAUAAUGACGCUUUGGGCUCAUGAUUGACGGCAACCUGAACACCCGUUACACAACACGGUCCAUCACACACACUCAAGUCAGUCCCCUCCUCUUCUCUUCCUUUGAUGAACGUGCACCCGCAAAUGUUGCACGACCCUUUUUCCCCCAUGUAUGUAUGUAUGGUAGAGCUAGCAUACAAUAUGCG